AUGAAAUGGAAUCUAAGUCGUACGCAUAAACCACACAAUUAUCCAUCCCGUCUCCCGAUGUCUACACAAACGUCUAACGUAAACGUCAAAGAAGAAAGCGCGGAUCGAAGUCGUACCCAUAAACCACGCAUUUAUCCAUCCCAUCUCUCGACGUCUACACAAACGUCUAGCUUAAACGUCGAAGAAGCAAGCUCGAAACGAAGUCGUACCCAUAAACAACAUUAUUAUCCAUCCCAUCUCCCGAUGUCCUCAAGAAAUUCCAACGUAAAUGUCAAAGCAGAAGAAAGUCCAAGUGAUUUUCCAAUUUCCCAUGUUCAUUCAAAUAGCAAUCAUAUUAAUAGAAUACAAAAUGCAACGGUUAUAUUUUCAAAUAAUCAAAAUGAAAAUGGUUAUCAUCUGUGA